UUGAAGGAUCAAAUCACGGAGCAGCUCAGCGUCAUAGUUAACGAAACGGCAGGACUUACGAGGACGCUCGAAGAGUAUCGUUUGAGAAUUAACAGCAAAGAUGAGGAAAUAGCUGCAUUGCGUCGCCGUGUCGAUCAGGAACAAAGCCUUUCGGAAGAACAAAUUCGAGUCAUCAAAGACGACCUAAGAAGCGAGAUGUUAUCCUCAGACGAGUAUCAAAAUAGCCUUAUGGAAAUUGAACGGUUGCAUUCUGAGAUCGCAACAUAUGAACGAAAGCGAGAGAAGGAAGAAGAGGCCGAAAAAGAACGGGAGAAAGUUGUGAAAAGAUUGGAAGCCGAGAAUAGAGAGCUAAAAUCAAAAGUAUCCAAAUUUGAACAGAGCGAUCAGCAUGCGGAGCUGCAAUCGCUGAAGUCCUCACUUGCCGAAAAAGAAGAAGAGCUGUACAGCGCAAAAGAAGAUGCGGCAAAACUCAAAGCUGAAAACGACGAACUUCACAAGGAAAAAGAAAGGACAAGAAAUUCAGAUGAAAUGCUAAGAGAAGAAAUGGCUGCACUUGAAAGUGACAACAACGAAAAAACCAUUCAAAUUGAAGCACUACAUGUACGGGUAAAAGAGCUUCUUGAUCAAAUGGGUGGCAUAAAAGAGGAGUUGGAUAGGAAAAACGUUGAGUUGCAGCAAAUCGGAGACCGCUCCGAGAUAAGGUUCGAAAAUCCAAUGACGGAAGCCGAGGAAAAAAUAAAACAUAUGACCAGAGAGCAUGAAAAAAUUAUCAACCAGAUGAAGGUAGACAUAUAUUAG